UUUUUAAAAUCAAUGAUUUAAAGUUAUUUAACCACUGAAAAGCGAGGGGUAGAAGAAGAGGUGCGUGCAUAAAUGUGAACUUCUUUUCUCAUUUGAGGGGGAAAGGAGAGGCCACCACCUCUGGUGAAGGUGGCGUAGGUUAGAGGUGGAGUGCCUCGCCGGCGGCCGGUGGCGAAGUGCGCAUCCUCGUAGAUACAUAUACAGAGAGGGAGUGAGAAGCGUUCUGCGUGUGUAUAUAGAGGGGGGAAGAUGGGGCAGGGGCUGAGUUGUGCGGCGACUCACGAGAACGGACUGUUCACUGCUGUGCAGCGUGGGGAGUUUGAAAACGUGCGGGAUAUGUUGGAUAGAGACCCGAGUCUCUUGGACGAGACGACUAUGUAUGAUCGUCAGUCUGUUCUUCAUAUUGCGGCUGCUAAUGGCCAGAUCGAGAUUUUGUCUAUGCUCCUGGAACGAUCUGUGAAUCCAGAUGUGUUGAAUCGUCACAAGCAGACUCCACUUAUGUUGGCUGCAAUGCAUGGAAGAAUCUCUUGUGUCAUAAAGCUCAUUGAAGCUGGAGCUAAUAUAUUGAUGUUUGAUUCCCUUAAUGGAAGAACCUGCUUGCAUUAUGCUGCUUAUUAUGGUCAUUCUGAUUGCCUCCAAACCAUUCUGCUUGUGGCUCAGUCUAGCCCUGUUGCUGUUUCUUGGGGAUAUGCACGAUUUGUAAACAUUAGAGAUGGAAAGGGAGCGACCCCGUUACACCUAGCAGCCCGUCAAAGACGGCCUGAAUGUGUACAUAUCUUGCUGGACAAUGGCGCCCUUGUUUGUGCCUCUACUGGAGGAUAUGGUUCUCCAGGAAGCACUCCGCUUCAUUUGGCAGCUAGAGGAGGUUCUCUUGAUUGCAUCCGUAAAUUGCUAGCCUGGGGGGCAGAUCGACUUCAAAGAGAUGCAUCUGGGAGAAUACCAUAUGUGGUUGCUCUAAAGCACAAGCAUGGAGCAUGUGCGGCUUUGUUAAAUCCUUCAUCUGCUGAGCCUCUUGUCUGGCCAUCGCCUCUGAAGUUCAUAAGUGAACUUAAUGAAGAGGCAAAAGCACUUUUAGAACAAGCCUUAAUGGAGGCAAACAGGGAGAGGGAGAAGAAUAUCUUUAAGGGAACUGCUUACUUACAUCCAUCUCCUUCAUAUUCUGAGACUGGAAUAGAUGACAGUAUUUCUGAGGCCAGCGACACAGAGCUAUGCUGCAUAUGCUUUGAGCAGGUAUGUACAAUUGAAGUUCAAGACUGUGGCCACCAGAUGUGUGCACAAUGCACUCUAGCCCUCUGCUGCCACAACAAGCCUAAUCCAACAACAUCAUGUGUGAACCCUCCUGUAUGCCCGUUUUGCCGGAGCACUAUUGCCCGGCUGGUGGUUGCCAAAAUCAAGAACUACGAUGAUCCUGAUCAUGACAUUGAUAAUACUUCUUCAAAAGCAAGGAAGUCAAGGAAAUCCCGAAACUUCAGCGAGGGAAGCAGCAGUUUCAAAGGGUUAUCAGCAGUUGGUUCCUUUGGAAAGAUGGGUGGCCGUGGCUCUGGGAGAAUUGCUGCAGAUAAUGAAUGGGUUGAUAAGCCUUGAACCGACCUUGGUAGAAUCCAGCAAAUUGGUAAAACCUCCACUUCACAUUUAAAUGAAGAAUUCUGAUUUUUUUCAGCAAACUAGAAAAAGGGGAGCAAACUCAUCAAGGAAUCAUCGUGGAGCCGCCGGACCCAUUUGGUAUAUAUAUAAAAUAUAUAUCUAUCUAUAGAUAGAUUGAGGUCCAUUUUGUAUGUAGAUUUGGUAAUAAGCAAAGAAGUGAGUUGCAGGUUUUGGUUGGUAAGUUUGGUAAUGGUUGCCGUGGGUCAUAUUGUUGUAAUCUUUGUUUACUUGAGCUUGAAGAAGCAUUGUUCUUCUGUUAGAAACCUGAAUUGAAAAGAAAUUCUUUCUUUUACUCGAGUAACCUAAUCUGAUUAUUCUUCA